UAUAUAAUCAAUCAUGCUUUUUACAAACUCCUCUGUUAUUGUCCUCUUGUGAGUCAGAUAAGUCUAAGGAGUCCUAAAAUAGAGCGUGCGUUUCUGCCAGAAGUGUUGAAGGGUGAUUGGAGAUUGUAAAUACUUUAAGUCAAGCCAAGAAAUUCCAUUAUUCAGAAGAUGAUCCUGGUGCCUGUGUGCCUCUAUGUCUAAUGUUUCACAGCCCGGGCUUAUACGUUAAAAAUACUCAAAGACAAAGGUGAACUAAACGUGCAUUGGGGACAGAAACAAGGCUUUUCCGACUUAUUAAGUCCAUCCAAAUGCAAUGCAGUAUUGCAAUGUUAAUGGCACUACUGCAGUGUAAUGUAAUUGGGAUGUUGCGUCAGGUCAUAUUUUAACACCCAUGUCACCCCAGGCCCUAAACAUAAAGCAGCAUCUGUGCAGCAUGACACUCACGUACAGAGCUGUUGGAUUCAUGUUCUUUCUGUUCAGCAUGUAACUUGGCUCUGAAGUGCACUGAACUUCUUUGUGAUUGAAGACGAGACAAGAGCGGCUUAAAACACACUGAAUGAAUGCUGCAAACUAAACCACAAACACUGAUUGAAUAACUCAACACUUGGUUUUCUGAGAGGAAAUGCAUAUUCUUGGAACUAUAUUCAUUUUUAUUCUGGCACUCAAAGUCUGUCUAGGUUUCUACCUUCAGAUGUCGGAGGUCCAGGCAUAUCUAGGAGAAAGCGUGAUCUUGUCCUGCAAUGGUUCAGGAUUCCCUGUGGAAGAGUUGCACGUUCACUGGGAGGCAAUGGGCAAAGACGUCAUCUCUCUACGUGGAGAUGUUGUCAUGGUCGGGAGAGGGUUUGAAGACCGGGUGAACUUCCUCAGUGAUCCUACAGAAUCUGAGGACUUAUCCCUCAUUCUGUCAGAUGUGAUGCUGAAUGAUGGAGAUAUAUAUGAAUGUCUCUGGGAGGGAACAAAACCCAUUUGCUCUGUAUUACUACAGGUGUCGACACCAGCUUUUUUUACAAGUUAUGUGGAAGCGUUUGAGGGUGACGGUAUCACUUUGGAGUGCUUUGGAAAUAUUCCUAAAAAUAAACCAUGGGAAGACAUUUAUGUCCAAUGGCUGAAAGAUGACAGAGAAAUCCUGCGGUUGAGCUCUGGAAAGAUGGACUUCGGUAUUGAUUACAGCAUCAUGAAAUUACCGUCCAAACACGACAUCAGUCGCGGUAUCUUCUCAUUGAGCAUCACGUCAGUAAGUGUUUUUGACCAGGGUGUUUAUCAGUGUCGUUACAAGAACACAGAUUAUGAGGCGCCGCGGAGCGGGUUCCCAGAGACGUACAAACUCACUGUUUGGGUGUUGACAGAUGUAUCAGACACGUCAGUCCCAGAGACAGGCACUGAUUCUAGUGUGUUUUCAGAUGUGACAAGCAGCACAGAGUCUCUCUCCAGCUCUAGCGUGGUCUCUCCUACUUACACAAGCACAAGCGUGCCAGUUUGGGCGUCUGUUGUGAGUGUUGAGACUAAAGUGAGUGCUCAGACCGAAAUCAGCAGCUCUGUGUCAAAUCACACAUAUGCUGGCAGCAUUCAGACUCAAACCAUCAGCUCUCUGCCAAUGCUGACAUAUGCUGAAAGAGCCGAAGUGAUGACUGAUAUGUCAGUCCCGGAGACAGGCACUGAUUCUGUGACAAUGGAUAUGUCAGUCCUAGAGACAGACACUGAUUCUGGUCAGCGUGAUCCUCUCAAGUUUCUCUUGGAUGAGAUUCCGAUUCGCAUCGGUCUCAUCAGUGGAGUUCUUUUUCUUACUGCGGUCAUUCUGGGUUUAUUGCAGGUAUUUGGAAGAAUCUGAGUCAUCACAUGAAAAGUAAAGGAGGUGUUAAAGUUUCUGACAUUUCCAAGCAAACAGAUGAUUUUGUGUGCUGUAAAAAUGUACUAGUAGGUUCAACAAUAUACAGGUCCUUCUCAAAAAAUUAGCAUAUUGUGAAAAAGUUCAUUAUUUUCCAUAAUGUAAUGAUAAAAA